CCCUUUUCUUCUUGUAGCCAAACUGUCUCUUCUGAAUGUUGCUAAUCUGGAGAGUUGAGCUUUCAUGGUAAGUAGCUGACUUCUUUGAAGAAGUAAGGUUUUUCUAAUCUGGUUUGAAAACAAGUGCUGUGUCCUAACUGGAGGAAAGAAAACGUUGAACUAACAGGACAAUGACUAAGAUAAUGACUCAAUGUUUAUUAGUUGCUAUGAAUAACUUGUGUCCGCCUAGUUACAACUGCUGUUGGAUUUCUAUAAAUACGUCCUCAAAAUUCUUCGAUGUUUCAUGUCUUGUAACUUCGGUGUGUGCUUUCUUUUGUGACUUGGGACCACUUUCACUUUAAGCCACUGAUUUUUGCACACUCAUUGCUGCUAGUGUGGGACUUGGCUGGAGGGAAAAUAUUGAUUACUUCUUUUAGCAAAGCUGCUUGUUGGGUGAAUGUAAAAUCUGUGUUCUAAUGAACUUGCUUUUCCUUGUAUCUUUUUUUGUAUCUUCUAAUGAUCUUGUUUUUUCCUUGUAUCUUUGUUUCACUAAAAUCAAUUCAGUUUUCUAGAAACUAACUGUAGUGUUUGGUAAUUUUUGUAUUAUGUAUUCAGAAUAAGUGUUGUGAUGCCUAUUUUGAGUUUUUUACUAUCAGUGUAGCAGAUUGUUGCUGUUCUAAUCUAUUGAGCUUUUCCUGCUGUUGAGAUAUAUACCUGCUUCAAAGUAUAUCUGUGGUCUGAGUUAUUGAUUUAGCUAAUUUUAAGUUUUAAAAAUUUAUUGUUUGUUAGGAUGCAGUAUGAGAUUUGCUUUUCUAUUCCCUCUGUACAUCAUUAUUAUGUGUUAUUAAAAUCCAUUCUAGAGAUAGGAGAAUACUUGGCUACUUGCCAAUAAAACAGAAGUAGGCAAAACUGAAGCAUUAAGAGAUUACUGAGUUAAUUCUCUUCUUUUGUGUGCUCCAAAACUGUACAUUUACAUUUUCUGUUGGGGAUCAUGGCUUUUAUAUUUUUUUAAGCCAUAGCCUAAUAUCAGUAGUGUUGCAAAAUGUGACAUGUUUUGUGUUGCAUCAAUUCAAUUGUAAUUUUUCCUGAAUUUUACAAAAAACUAUUGGUAAAAUGUUGGUUAUAUACAGGUGGGUUUUCUAAUUUCAAGAAAAGCAUGCUGGGCAAUGAAAGGUGAUCUACAUGCCUUGUAUCCAGCAGCAGUUUCACUUCUGUAUUACUGAGUUUAGUUACCUUUGUGUUGCAAAUGUACCUUAGAGAUUGGCUGAAAUAUUGUAACUCCUGACAGGUUAAACUCCUGUGGUAUUCUUGUGCAAAAUUCUCAACCAGUGAAACAGUGGGCAAGUAGAAAGGAACAUGCAGAAUGAUAAAUCCUAUUGGACAUCUGGAGGAUAUUUAAUUAUAACUUUAGUGGGGUUUAUUUAGGGGACAACUGAAUGUUUGUCUUGCUGCAUAAAUGAAGACUGCUUUUGCAAACAACUUUGAAGUUGUGAGGGGGGUGUGUGUGCUGAAACUUUCCAGCUUGCCAUUUCACUGUGUUAAACUAUUAGGCAUAUCCAUAGAAAUGGAUAGAGCUGGGUAAGAUGAAGUUUAAUAGCUGAAUUAAUGAAGGCCAGUAUAGUUAAACUAGGCUGAAAUUGAUUAAUUGUAACUCUUCCUUAUGGAGAAAAGAAGGAUUGGAAAGCUCUUUCUUUAAAAUUGUGUGAAGCCCCAAAUGUUAAAAUAGUGGGAGCACACUACUUGGUACUCUGACAUGACACUGCUUUCAGGGUGUCAAGAGAGUAAACCACAGUCUGUGCUGAGUGCAGACUCUUGCUGUGCCUCUGCUUGCUCCAUAUGUGCAGAAUGACAUCUAUUAUUGUAGCUCUUCCUACUCUGGGUUAAGCAAUAUUUGAAGAUCUGAGGAAAUUGCUAAUCAGAAAUAUUUUCACGUUGAAAUUUGUUCCUUCUUACCGCUCACCUGUGUUUGUUUUGCUUAUAUUCUAAUCUGAUUUAUUCUGCCUUUGACAAUUCAAUCUUUACGGAAUCUUUUCUUUAAAGAAAUUGGCUUGGGAUGUAGCCCUGCAGAAAGCAGUACAGUGAAGUUUGAUACCACAAAGCUAUUAAUAGAGUUGGCUAUGAUUUAUUAAUAGAACUUAUAUUAAUACUCACUGGAAUCACUGUGUGUUCAUAGCUGUAGUGCUUCUACUUUGUGCUUCUACUCCUCCAGCCCAAAUCAGAAAAACAUUUACUGAUAUACCUAAAUAAUCUUUAUCCUCCUCCAAAUGCAAGUCAAACUUGUGAAUCUCACCCACCUGUCAACAUGCAAUUUACACCCCACUCUUAUGACUGAUCUUUCUUUUUAGUCACCAUCAUCUUUUGAAUUGUGUUGUCAGUUUGGGUGGCUUUAACACUUCUUCACAAAUAUGGGUUAAAUCAAUAAGAAUUUGGUUUUCUGUGUCAGAGCAUUCAACUGAGAUGCAAUUUUCUGCAGAGUAAUUGAAUAAAAUCCUUUGAGGUUUUUAAGUAUGUUCUGGGUCUGACUGAAGAAAUAACUAAACAAUUCAAGGUAGUGUCCUUGGUCACUUAAUGUAAGUAAUGCCCCCUGGUUAGAAAGCCUGUGAAUGUUUUUGUAUUGACUAUAUGUCUGUCCAUGUUAGGAGAUGUCUGUUCAGUUGUAGUUUUCUAUGUGUAUUGCAUGUGCCUGUUAUCCUGAAUAGUCAAGACCAUCACUGCCCAUUUCAUUUCAAAGAAUAUUUAUAAAUAAAUGACACUUCAGGUCCUUCAGACAAGCUAUAGGCAUGCUAAAAUUGGCAGACCUCAUUCUCGUUCUACUUAGUUGAAAAAUAACCUGCUGAAGUCAUUCUUACUCUCUAGAAGCUCAUGUGAAGAAGUAUCAAGAAGAUUAGAUCCAGUCACCAGCUCUGCCAACAGCCAUGGGAGCUGUUUGCUGGGGGAGGGAACCAGUCCUCACUGUUAGCAGAGGUUAUGCAGGAAUGUAGGCUAAUUGCAUCCUACCUUUAGGUGUUUCUUGGUUAGCUGGACAUAUUGCGUAGGAGGGCAUCAAUGUACAGGUUCAUUUCUGGCCCUUGAAAGGAAAGGCUGUGGUUUUACUGUAGUCUUUUCUGUGGAAGAAAAAAGGCUGCAUUCCAAAGCAUGGGAAGUGAAAUGGCAAGGUACUGUCCUGCUGUCAGAUAACUGAUAAUGUGAAGAGAAUUAUUACCCUGCAUAAGUGAGAGACAAGCCCCUUUUGUUAAAAAGAUUCCAUGAUGAUCUGUUGGGUGUUUUUAGAUAGUAGAGCUCAAAUUCAAACUAUUUAUUCAACCCACAUUGAUAUAAAUGCUCAUUGAGAUACUUGGUAACAGCAAGUGUUCACAAACAGAAACAAAUUGAGGCUGGUCACAGCUGUCAGCUUGUUCUGUGUACUUUGUGUUCUUGUGAAUUGAGUAUCUGUAAGAAACGUGGGGUGAAGAUGAGGAAAAACAAAUGCAUAGUGGCAAAUGUAAAUAGCAAAACUGAGUUCUGAAACAACUGUUUAGGGAGGGACUCAAUAGGAAACUGUUGUGGCACUGACCCUCUCAGAAUAACAGCAGGAGGAGCCACAUUUAACCCAUAUUCUCUUUUCAUAUCUGUCAGAGUAUGAGUAAUUUUUGUUUAGCAUUUUUGAAAACUAAAAAUUAAACUCUUUAGUCUACAAUUGGUGGAGCACAUGAGAAAACAUGUUAUUUCUUCUCCCUCUUCUGGCCAAAUGAAAGCCAGGAUUAACAAGCCUAAUGUAUUUAGUAUAUAUGCUGGGUUUGUUAAGUUGUGCUGAGGCUCUCUCCUGCCUUGCACAGGGUUGCACUGCACGUGCCAGCCUUAUCAGGGCAGACCAGUGAGAUCCAGCACACGGAACCAAAGCCCUGCCAUCAAAUCUGUGCUACUCUGGGACAUAGAAGUAGCUGCUUUGGACGGACUCUGGUCUCAUCUUUUGGGCUGAAUGCCCAGCUGGUUUUGGAGCCAUGAGAUAUUUUCCAGCAGUGUGUUGUCUGGGUUUUUUAGCCAAAAGAAGUGCAGUUGACAUGCUCUGACAGCCCCAUCUUACAUACUUUUCUUUAUAUUGAGGAGCAAUGAAGAAACUGAUUUCAAAAGCACCACCUUGUCAGAAUUACUUCAUUUGUAAGUGUAGCUUCAAGACCUUCUGGUGCUAACUUAAUUCUAUGCUGAAGCAGUACAAUACUACCAUAUUAUUACUUUGUGAUGUUAUGAGAUCUUUAAUAAUGGUGUGAGAAAACUAUUUCCAUUAGGUCGUUUUCACACAAGUACAUUUUAUAGUAGCUAUUUGUAUGCAUUUUUAAAGGGAAAGCUUCCAUUUCAAAUACAGAUUGCACAGUAGAAUCUACUCAUUCAGAUCUAAUUUGCUUGUUUGUUUUUGUUUGGGGAGAAAGAGCUGCUGUCAUUAACAAUUCUUUGCUUAUCUCUUCUUUUAAAAAACCAAACAAAGCCUCCAGGAGUACUGAAGUGCUGUUACAUCUCUGUAUAUCCCUGUGCUCAAGAAGGGACAGAGUCCUUAUGAAAGCUGGCGCAGAGCACUCAGCAUUUGGAUGCUGUGGGUCACAGAGCUGAGCAGUUCUAGAACCUGACCUGUGCAGUGCCCUGUGCCAGCAGCCUCUGCUCACUUACAUAACUGAAUGCUUCCUUUGGUUGGAAGUAUGACAAUUCUGCUUUAGGCUGAACUUCUGCUUUGGUUAAUGUACUUCUUACAGGCUCCUCAGCUUAAUCUGUUCUGUGUUUGCCUUGUGUUGCUGCUUUGUCUUCACUGUAAGUUUUCAUGGAGGCUCUGAGAGAAUCACAUGCUGAAAUGUGGAGUUCCUGGGGUAACAACAUGAAGGCUAUCUAUGUGUGAACUUGCCUCUGUGGAGAAAAACAAAUCAAAGUCUCUAAACAUUUUUUGUCAAUUCUGAGUUAAGUAUUUCUAAUGGUUUGCAUUUGAUUAGGAAAUAUUUUUAAACCACGUGAUGGUUGUUAAACUGAAAUAGCUGAAGUAGGGAAGUCUUUAAGUAUCUUAAAGGGAGGAAGUUCCUCCUUGUUGAGAGGUAGAAAUUCAGGGUAAUGUGGCAUAUGGAUCUUCAGUUCUCAAAACAAGGACUUGGCAAACAGAAAAUUGACAAAAAUAAACUUAGACUGAAAAUUAAUCUUUGCCUUGCAACUUGGAGUGUGUUGUUUUUAAUUUGCUUCUAGGCAUGGUGAAGAAACUGUGUCAUUAAUUGCUUCCACUCUCAAAUUGGUCCCAAAAGAAUGAGUGCUUGCUCUGGCUAAACUUCAUAUGUGGAUGGUGAUUGUUUCUUUCUGUGAUUUGCUUUCAGUUGCAGAACUGGUAAUAUGAAUUGCCUAGGAGAACUCUGAAUAUCUACAUAUAUCUAGAUUAUUUGGGUUAUUUGGUAUAUCUUGUGGGGAUUGUACCAUAACCCCAAAUAAACUGCAUUUAAUGGAAACUUGGACUAGCUUGAAAAACCUGUUUGUUACCAGGUUGAAAAUUCUCCCAGUAACUUUGCUGUUCUUAUUUUACUGCAGUUCGAGUUAUUCUUCAUCUGCUUUGGAUUUUGAGACUGAGAACAAAAUAGAUCCAGUGUUUGAUUCACCCAGAAUGUCUCGGCGUAGUUUACGGUUGGCUGCUGGAGGAUACAGUAGAUCAGAUGAUGGACAGAGCGAUUCCCUUCACGACAGCUCUUAUGCUGGAAACAUGUCCUUCAGGGAUCAGUCUAAGGUGGUAAAGCAACGCAGAAGUAUGAGCAAGCAGUCUGGCAGUGGAAGACAUGUGCCAAGGAAAAAUAUGUCCAGCUCAUCUAUUUUUAGCCAGAGCAGUUUCAAUAGCCAUGCCAGUGAUACAUCAAUGAUAUCCACUAUAUUGGAUGAGUCUCUGAUUCGGGAACAGACAGAAGUUGAUCAUUUCUGGGGCCUUGAUGAAGAAGGUGACCCCAAAGGCAGUGACACCACGCUGCUGCUGCAGGGGAACGGGGGCAUUGCAGCCCCAGAGCUGCAGCCCACGCUGAACGGCUACACGUGCAGUGACUGCAGCAUGCUGUCAGAGAGGAAGGAGGUCCUCACUGCCUACUCAGCUUCCCAUGUGCCAUCUUCCAGGAUCUACACUAGGGACAGGAGCCAGAAACAUGCAUCUAGAGGAACAUAUUUCUACAUGAGUAAGAUUCUACGAUUGGUCAAAAAUACUGCAGCAUCCUUUGCAUCACUAUUAGUGCAACUCUUUCAAAUGGUUUUGCUGAAGCUGGGUUAUGAAUAUAAAGCUCACUCAGACUACUGUGGAAGCAUGAAUGUAAAGGAGUUCUACAGAGAAGAUCGUCACCUUGGUGUGAAUGAGGAGUCAAUAUGUGAUGACUGUAAAGGGAAGAAACAUCUUGAAAUGUACACCACAGACCACAUGCAGUCCUCAUGGACUAAAAGGGUAGCAAGGACCAUUUGGCACACCUUUUCUUCUGCAGGUUACUUUGUGCUUCACGUGUUGCGAACAGCGGGAGCCACGGGAUGGCUUGUGUCGCAGAAGGUGUUGUCUCUACUUUGGCUGGCCAUUCUCUCUCCAGGGAGGGCAGCUUCUGGCAUGUUCAGGUUGCUUAGAACUGGGUGGUAUCAACUUGUUACUCUGAUGUCUUUGCUCAAGGUGUUUCUUGUAAGAAGAUGCCUUCCAAAGAACUACAGGUGGUUAUUGUUUCUUAUCCCACUCCUGUUUCUACUAGGUUUGUGGUUCUGGGGGCUUAAUGGCUUCAUUUCAUUAUUACCUCCAUUGAACUGGACAAAAAUUGGCACAAUUCAGAGAACAGAUGAUUCAGUUCCUGUUCCUGAACCACAAGAUGACUCUUUUCAUUCUGUGCAACCUCCAAAGGAUACCAUAAAUAUCUUUGACUUUGGUCGUAUAAGUGAGCUGGAAAAGCAAAUGGCCUUCGUGUCUGACAGAUGCCAUGACCAAAACAAAGAAUACAACAAAGUGAUGAGCCUGCUCCAGAAUCUUCAAGAUCAGGUUGCCACAAUGAGUGACAGAAGUGAAACAUUGAAUUUAAUAAAAAACGUAAUGAGUCAAUAUAUUAAAGAUAUGAAAUUGGAGGAAAAGACUGAUUUCCUGGCUUUACACAAAGAACAUGAGUUGCGCAUCCAGACGCUGGAAGAACUUCUUAGAAAACUCUCAGCUGAAUCCAAGGACAUCCAGAAGGAGUUCGAUCUAGCCAAAUCAAAAUCAGUCAGAGAUGAUGAUCAAUACAGUCUACUUAUGUCCAAAAUUAAAAAGCUAGAACUAGAGCUGGCUUCUAUGAAAUCAGAGCUGUUAUCUGGGGAAAGUGUGAAGACGAGUUGCGAGAAAAUGGAUGUCAUUCAUGAAAAAGUAGAUGCCCAGGUCAAGGAAUCUGUCAAGCUAUUGCUUUUUGGUGAUCAACAAGAAGACUUGCCUGAAUCACUUCUCCAGUGGCUUACCUCCAAUUUUGUGAGCAAAAGCGAUCUACAGACUGUGCUGCGGGAUCUUGAGUUGCAGAUCCUCAAAAAUAUUACUCUCCAUAUGUCUGUAACAAACCAAAAAGUAACAUCUGAAGUAGUUACAAAUGCUGUGACUAAUGCAGGGAUUUCUGGAAUCACAGAAGCGCAAGCACAGAUUAUUGUAAAUAAUGCACUGAAGCUCUACUCUCAAGACAAGACUGGGAUGGUGGAUUUCGCCUUGGAAUCUGGAGGUGGCAGCAUUCUGAGUACUCGCUGUUCUGAAACCUAUGAGACCAAGACAGCAUUAAUUAGCCUCUUUGGAAUUCCUCUGUGGUACUACUCUCAGUCUCCUAGAGUGGUGAUUCAGCCGGACAUGUAUCCAGGGAACUGCUGGGCUUUCAAAGGAUCACAGGGCUACCUUGUGGUGAGACUUUCCAUGAAGAUCUAUCCAACUGCCUUUACAUUGGAACACAUACCAAAAACUCUUUCACCAACAGGAAAUAUCACCAGUGCUCCUAGGAAUUUUGCAGUAUAUGGUCUGGAUGAUGAAUAUCAAGAAGAAGGCAAACUUCUAGGAGAGUAUGUCUAUGAUCAAGAUGGAGAACCACUGCAGAUGUUUCCAGUGAUGGAGAAAAAUGAAGACGCAUUCCAAAUAGUGGAGCUGAGGAUUUUCUCUAACUGGGGCCAUGUGGAGUACACCUGCCUUUAUCGGUUCAGAGUGCACGGGAAACCUGCCCAGUAAUCCACACUACAGCUGGGGGUGGCUGCUUUGUACAUUUUGUUCCUAAUCUGUAUAUACUGGGAAGCCUACAACACUGGAAUCUGUAAAGGACGAGGAUGCAAGAUGCACACUGCAGAACUAUUGAUCCUCUGAUAAAGGCAGAAGACUGUCAGCAGAAAUGUAUAAACCCCAAUUUUAAUUUACUCUAAGGCUCAGCUUGUAAUUGCCAGUUUGCUUCAUAUUUCUGUGUCCAUGCUGAGAGAAAUAAUGCAUGCAAACAGCUCUGGUUCAUAAAGCCCAGUUGACAAACAGGUGACACACGUUUUAUUACAAAUGAAUGUAUAGGUUUUUUUAAAAAGAAUAAACCACACUUUCUGCAACUAGGAAUCUGUUCUUUUUUAAUCCAGGACUUAACUGCAUACUUUUGCUAGCUUGGCACCAUAAGCCAAAAACUGUGGUACAUUUUGAACACUGACUGUGGCUAAAGGUGUCCUUCAGUUGACAGUUGGUUUUAACCUUUUUGGUGGAUCCAAAAGGGCUUCUUUGCUACAUGUUGAAUAUAAUAAAUACUACUGUCAGGGAAAGCUAACACAACCAAAACCAGUUUCAACACCAGCGACUGAGAAUGCUUUACUGUAAUUUGUGGCCGUGAAUUGCUCUAAAAGUCAGGGAUAACUUCAGUUACUUAAAGUUAUUUUAAGGGUUUUUACCAUGGCAACUUGGCCAGUUUGUUCUUUUUUUAGUGUCAAUCCCACAUCGACCUUGAUGUACUGACUGACUGGCUCGGAGCUGAUAAGCCUGCUGAAUUGCUCAGUAAACACUGCUGUACAGCAGCUGCACUACCUUAGUUUGUCCAAAGUGGGACAAGAUUUCCUUAGACUGGUUGAUUGUUAUUCUCCAUUUGUACUGUGAGAAUUCGGUGUGUGGAAAACAAGCCUGAAGCAAUUCUCGCGGCGUCACAGUUACCAGAGGGACUCGAGCUCAGCGCUGCUGUGUGCAAACACGGGCAUUCCUGAUCCUCCCCACAAGCCUUAGUUUGGUACCAGAUGAGUAGAGUUGCUCUUGAAAACAACAUUUUCACAUAGAACAAGGUGAAACUGCUUGUUGCCCCCCUUAGCCUUGCUGCUUUGAAGAUCCUUUUUGGAAAAGAUUCCCGAAAUUCACUUGUUUGCAGAAUUUUUUAUCUUGCUGUUCUAGUGCGUUUUGUAGUUACACAGAACUGUUACACAUGGACCUGCUGACUGGUUUUCUGAAUUGAGUUAUGUAUGUUGCACAACAGUCCUCGAAUGUUUGAAAUACAAAAAGUCUCCAUGUGAAGAACUGUUUUUCACUCGACCUAGAGACAGAACCUAUGGCCUACGCAGAGGAGUAGAUGAGACAUGUACAGGUGUUUUCAUAUUAUAGGUUACAUAUUUAAAAUUAGAAUUAUCCUGUAUAAAUUGAAAUUAGGUAGCUGGGGGGGAAUAUUUUGAAUAACACUAACUUAUUUUUAAAAAAGCAAGAUAGGACUUUGUGCAAUGUAUUUUUGUAAAUGCUUUUCGAAAUGUCUGUUAUUCUUUGCUGCCUCCAAACUGACAAGAUGCUAUUGAGAUGUUUAAAUAAAGAGUUUUAAUUUUUGAAA